CAUCACCUUCUCUAAUCCCUACAUCCCUCCCCACUCCCCAGUUCUCCUCCCCACCUCAAGAUUCGGAUCUAGAUCCAGAGAGAAAAAGGCCAUCCACUACUCCGAUUAUGAACUGCAACAACAGGACUCACUUCCCUGUCCCUCUCGCCUCCCCCCACCAGAGGAACAUGAGCUUGAUCGGCGGCGUAAUAUCAGACCUCGCGACGACUCUGUCUCAUGCAAUUAGCGCUCUUAGACACCAUGAGAAAAAGAUUCGACGUUGGGGGUUUUGGUUGGAUUUUGAGCUUGUGUGGCAGUUCAUCAAGUUCAACCACUGCGUGGCGAUUACGGUGUCCAAGAGCGAGUACAUGAGAUCCCUUCAGGGGGAGGAACUGAGGAAGGGUUUGAACUUUGAAGCCAUGUUCGGCUACUUGGAGCAGCUGAAGGGGCUAUUCGUAGCGGAGAAGCCGAAUAUACUGGCUUAGUGGCGUUAACAACAAAUUUGAUAUGGAAAA